GCAGGCUACCGCAGUUAAUUAUUUCUCCGGUCUCAAAGCGCUGAGUAGUAAUUUAGAAAGGAUCUCAAACCCUGCCGUUCAUCUCCUCUCUGCCCCGGGACCCCCUGCCAGGAGCAUUUCGUUUUGUCUGGCCUGUUUUGUUCUUAUUUUUUCUGCGCUAAGGAAUUCGGAUGAGGUACCGCAUGCCGGUCGGAUCCUGAGUUGGCAGGAUUGGUUUCGGUGGCUUCAGAACCAAUAUGUAGAAGAUGGGCUUCACUCCCUGCACGUCACUCCUUCAAGCCACCAUUUAUGAUUGUGAAGGAUCCUUGUCCCUUCAGCUCUGAACUUCAUUUACCGUUACCGACGAAGUAAAGGGAGUUCAUGAAGUGCUUUCUCCACCUUGAGUCAUCAUGAGUAGUAAUUUAGGAAAAGAAAAAGACUGUAAGGAGAAGGAUCCAAAAGUUCCAUCCGCCAAGGAGAGGGAGAAAGAGGCGAAGGCCUCUGGAGGAUUUGGGAAAGAAAGCAAAGAAAAGGAACCUAAGACCAAAGGGAAAGAUGCCAAAGAUGGAAAGAAAGACUCCAGUGCUGCGCCACCAGGGGUAGCUUUUUCUGUGGACAACACCAUAAAACGCCCAAAUCCAGCCCCCGGGACGCGCAAAAAGUCCAGCAAUGCAGAGGUGAUUAAAGAACUAAAUAAAUGUCGGGAAGAGAACUCAAUGCGCCUGGACUUAUCCAAGAGGUCUAUACACAUGCUUCCAUCAUCAAUCAAAGAGUUGACGCAGUUAACAGAACUUUAUUUAUACAGUAACAAACUGCAGUCCCUGCCUGCGGAGGUGGGCUGCCUUGUGAAUCUGAUGACACUGGCCCUGAGUGAGAAUUCACUUACCAGUUUGCCUGACUCUCUUGAUAACUUGAAGAAACUGCGCAUGCUUGAUCUUCGGCAUAACAAACUAAGAGAAAUUCCUUCAGUGGUGUACAGACUAGAUUCUCUCACCACUCUUUAUCUACGCUUUAAUCGCAUGACUACUGUGGAAAAGGAUAUCAAAAACUUGUCGAAACUCAUCAUGCUUAGCAUUAGGGAGAACAAAAUCAAACAACUACCUGCUGAAAUUGGUGAAUUAUGUAACCUCAUAACGCUGGAUGUAGCUCACAAUCAGCUUGAACACCUUCCAAAGGAGAUUGGAAACUGCACACAGAUCACCAACCUUGACUUGCAGCACAACGAGCUCCUGGACCUCCCAGAAACUAUAGGAAACCUAUCCAGUUUAAAUCGUCUUGGCCUAAGGUACAACAGAUUGUCAGCAAUACCCCGUUCUUUAGCAAAAUGCAGUGCACUCGAGGAGCUUAAUUUGGAGAACAACAACAUUUCUACUUUGCCAGAGGGCCUCUUAUCAAGUCUCGUGCACCUGACCAGUUUGACUCUGGCUAGGAAUUGUUUCCAGUCCUACCCUGUUGGUGGCCCAUCCCAGUUUUCCACCAUCUAUUCCCUCAACAUGGAACACAAUCGAAUCAAUAAAAUCCCAUUUGGAAUUUUUUCUAGAGCUAAAGUAUUAAGCAAGCUGAAUAUGAAGGACAAUCAGCUCACCUCACUUCCCUUGGACUUUGGAACUUGGACCAGUAUGGUGGAAUUGAAUUUAGCCACUAAUCAGCUCACAAAAAUCCCCGAGGAUGUGUCUGGACUUGUUUCUCUUGAGGUCCUAAUCUUGUCAAACAAUCUCCUAAAGAAACUUCCCCAUGGCCUUGGAAACCUGAGGAAAUUAAGAGAAUUGGAUUUGGAGGAGAACAAACUGGAAUCCUUGCCAAAUGAAAUUGCUUACCUCAAGGAUUUGCAGAAACUAGUCUUGACAAACAACCAGUUGACUACUCUUCCCAGAGGAAUUGGUCAUCUGACAAAUCUUACCCAUCUUGGCCUAGGAGAGAACCUGCUUACCCAUCUUCCUGAGGAAAUUGGAACACUGGAGAACCUAGAAGAGCUGUAUUUGAAUGACAACCCCAACCUGCACAGCCUUCCCUUUGAGUUGGCGCUCUGCAGCAAACUGUCAAUCAUGAGUAUUGAGAACUGUCCACUCAGCCAUCUUCCACCUCAGAUUGUUGCCGGGGGCCCUUCCUUCAUCAUUCAGUUCCUAAAGAUGCAGGGUCCAUACCGUGCCAUGGUUUGAUGCAAAUCAGCCGGUCCCAUACACUGUACAAAAUACAAACUGCAUUAAUGUCAUCUCCUAUCUAUAUCUGUAUCUAUAUCUGUGGAUAUCGAUAUACAUAUGGCAGAUUUAUUAAGACUGCAUUAUGUGUUUCUGCUAAUAGAGGAAUCAUAGCCAUUUAGAUUUUUUUUUAUUCUGUACAAAUUGCUUGUUUAAUUUUCUUUGCCGAAUUUGAUGGAUGUCUGAUGAGUAAUAUGGAAUAUGCCAGUUCACUUAAAACAAUUGCCAGCAAAUUCACUGGUUGUUAAAUUUAAGGGACAAAAGAAGCGUGGUUAGGUUUCUUUUCCAUUUGGAAAAAUUAUGUAUAAACUUAUUUGAUGCAAGUUUUCAUUCCCAUUUUCCCCCUCCUGUUUGUCAGAGCCCCGUAGUAUCACAUACCCUGAAGGUAGGAUUAUUCUUUAACUUAUUUUGAGAUUUUAAACGAAAUGGUUUUUAUAUAUUGUUUACAGUCAGAGUAAAUCACUGGAUUUUUUUAUUUGUUUUGAUUUGCUCUGUUUUAAUCAAUCAUAUCUAGAAUUUAUAUGCUUCUGAAGAAUUUGUAUCAGCUGGUUUAUAUACUAUAAGAAUAUUUGCUUAUCAAAACAACUGGUAAACUGAAAAGAUAGAAAUGCUUGAAUUAUUUUAAUUGUGCUUCUCUGGGUUUUCAGUUGUGAGGCAAAUCAUAUCUGAACUGAGCCUUUUGGGGGAGUGAGAUCUUUUCUAGCACAAAUAAUCUUUUCAGUUUGGGUGUUUAAUGAGAAAUAAGUUCAGUGUAAAGCAAUUUACAUUUUGAGAAGUAGCAGUUCCAAAAAGUCUAACAAAAAAACUCCGUAAGAAAUCCUCUCUCUUUUUUUUCUCUCGAUCUCUUUCUCACACUCUCUCUCUUUCGUUCUCUUGCCAUUCCCUCUGCUCCCCACACCCCCGCCCUGCUUUCUGUUUCUUUCUCUUUCACUCACCCCAGACCUACACACACAUUCUCCAUGUAUGUAUAGAUAUACAAUCCUAUAUAGAUAUGUACGUAUUUAUUAUGUCAUAAACUACACAGGUAAUUUUAAGGAUUUCUCCCCAUCCUUGUACAAUGAAAUGAAUUGAAUGUCUCUUUUAAACACUGCAAUGUAUGUAAGUUUUAAGGUUAUUUAACAAUGUACUAUGGUUUUAUAUCUUGACUUGCCUUGUACAUCUUUCCAUUCUGGAAUUUCUGCGUCCAAGCACAAUAUCUUCACACUGUGCUGUAUUGCUGCUGAACGAAAUGCACUUUUCCCCACGUGUGGGGCACUUGCUUUAGACUCUUCUGUUCAGUACCAGAGCUGUUCACUUUAACCUCAUCUCUCCUCUCUUGAUAGUAAAUCCAGUUUUAGGAAAAGAGAGGCACAUUUUCAGUUGUGCAAAGAGGCUGUUGGUCGCUCAGUGGGAGUACUGUAAGCCACGCAUGUGCUAUUAUUUCGUUUCAUUUCUUUUCUCUGGCUGCUUUUCGGACUAGCAAUGCUGCAGUAAAUGUUUGCUGCUUACAAUACUACUUGUGUAGUGCCAGUAUAAGUUGGGUUGUUUGUUUUUGUCUUUUUCCAUCAUGGAGACUCAGAAGGCGGUUACAUUCCAGACUAUUGAAGUGAAUAUGAAUUAUGAAUUACUGCUUGAGUUUUGUCACUUGGGCAGGAAAUUUUUUUUAACAAAAUGUAAAAUUUCUCAAUAGGCCCCAAACGAAUAUUUAUUCUAAGGCCCAGAAAUUGAAGGAAUGACCCGAGGGUGGUUUCCUGCCCUUCGAAUAGGAUUCUUGAGUUACUGUACUGCCUUGACUGAUUGAUCUAGAAACCUGUAUUCGUACUUGUCUUACAUUCUCACAAGGAGCAACUUUUAAAGUGGAAGGCAGGUGGAGAUAUGAAACUCUUAGAGGGCUAAAUGUGCUGUAAAACUAUUGUAAAUGUCACUGGAUUUUUACCAAGUAACAUCCUUUCUUCUUCUUUUCCCAUGUACUGUGGCCUUUUCCGUUUAAAUUUGACUUUGUAGUUAAGGAAAUUAGUCCAUUACAGCUCUCUCUGGAGUUCCCUUUUUUCAGCACUAAAAGUGUGAAGAUGCUGGACCCUGACAUCGAGGACUGUAAUCUAACUCCUGAGAGUUUCCUUGGGGGAAGAUGUGAAAUUUUAAUGAUCCUUAAAAUGAAAAGAGAUAUUCAUUGGGUCUUAAGCAUGCCUGCCCUCCCCCCCAACCCCCCACCGUGAUGAGGGAAGUAUUCCUUUAAUUUAUGGUAGCCUGUUACAUACAAAAGGGCAAGAUGAAGACAAUAUUUAAUGGAAUAUUGACUCUACCUUUGAAAGAGAUUUCAGGGAUCAUUGUAUAGAUGGAGUAAAAAUUGAAUUUCUUCUUGUGAACUGCCUCCUUGAAAAAAAGCACCUGGAUUCCAUUGCCUCUACUAGCCAGAAGCAAGAGUGGACGUUUAAUGGGACUCUAUUCAUGAAAUCCAGAUGUUUAAUAUGUAAAUAGAUGGAUCUGAAUAAUGGCCUUCCCAAGGUUCAUUGUAGAGCAACUGUGUGAUUGUUUUAGAGCUGACUCUUGUAGAAACUGCAGUGGAGUAGAGCUGGCUUACCCAAAAUAACGAACUUGUUAUGUCUUUUAAAUAAAAUGAGUCCCUUUCAGUAUGCUUUUAGGACUAGUAAGAGUAAUUUAGAAGGACGUUAAUCUACAAAACAAAUCCUAUUUGAAGUCUCUUUUCAUUAAUAUGCAUUAGCCAAAAUACCCGAAUUCUGUUUGGUGGGUUUAAUGUUCCACAUUCCAAGAGAUCAGUACCUGCAGAAAUGAGAGAGGGGAAAGUAGGAGUACAGUAGGAGAGAUGUUCUGAGAGGGGAAUAGUCCCUAGCAUAAAAUGCAUUUUUGUCCUUGUGGUGUUAAAGGUUGGAUUCUGUAAUUGAAAGUUAAUUGCAUAUAUCUAAAGAAUUUAUCGUAACUGUACAGUCUGAUUCAUUUUAAAUGGAUAAACUAUUCUAUGUCAAAAUGUACCUAUCUCCCUGUUGUGUACAUCCACUUGAUUUCCAACUAGUUUCUAGACUGUUUUACUGUACCAAAUUUCAAUUAAUUGAGUUUACAUAUACUCACCCGCGAGGGCGGAGUGUGGUCAAACAGAUCUGGGAGGGGAAGGCAUCCCCACCCAAAAGAAGGGGAAGAAAUCUGUGAAUCCCACCAAAUUAAAUCAAAUGAGAGGAAGAAGUAAAAAAAAAAAAACAAAAUUCCUUCCAUCUAAAGUGAGGAACAGAAAGUCAGUGGACUGAAUUCCUUUGAGAAAAGCUUUUCCCCAAAGCCUUGCUCUGAUGUUUUCCGUAGUGCUGCCUCAAAAAAUAAGUAGCGGAGAUUUUGAAAUUUGACAAAAAAAUCAAGACAUUAAUUUGGUGUUUAGAGGCAUCCCGGUAUUAUUUGCAGGACAUCAUGGUGAACCUGUGUUUGGCCAUAAACUUGUGACUCUGCUAUUGAAUAAUGUAGUAGAAACCUGCUAACCAUAAUUUGAGCAACAUUUUUAGUAGAUUUUUAAAAGGAAAACCUUUGGCAUGUAAUGGGAAACAAGAUUGUGUAUCUGGACCAAGUUGUGCUAGUUAAAUUCUGUUAAGUAGGUGUUGGUCAAUGCCCUGUUCUGUAAACCCCCCAGAAACUAUUAUUAAUAUUCAGAUUCACAUUCUAGAAGGCUGUGCAGCAAAUGCGAACAGCCAAUUUUGGCUAAGGAUUACAUCGGCCAGGUAGAUGCUCACAGGACUUCAGAUAAGGGGUGUGUGUGGGGAGUAAGUAAGGAGAGAAGUAAAAGAUUGAAAGGUGAGAAAAGUACAAAGCAGGUAUCGGGCUUUCCCUCCCCUUCCUUUUAAGUUCAUUAAAGACCCGGUGAGAAGUAUGACAGAAAUAGCCCUCAUAAAAGUUGGAUCAAGGAAUGAGUAUUAAGCAUGUUGAACAUUACUGGAAGUGCUUUCAGUGAUCUUAUCUGAAACUGUUUAGUGUAAGAUGUCUGGUGCUCCAGUGCCUGUGGUGGUUAUUUUGACUUCCUGUGCUGUCCUGUUCAUCUUUUGCCCUUGCUAAUGGUUUAUGGGAAUUGGCAUUUCAGAUCUGUGAGAGGCUAAGUGACAUUUGCAUCAACUGUGCAUUCCAUGUUCUCCUAAGGGUUUUGGGAAAACUGUAUGUAUUGAGCUUUUAUCAUGUGCAGAGCACUGUCCUAAGCACUUGGGAGAGUACAAUAUAACAGAGUCAGUAAUCAAAAAAAAUCCGUCCAGUUGGUUAGCAUUUAAAUCACCAGGAUAUUGCCUAAAAUUUCACUAUUAAAAAGUGGUAUUACAACUCUUUAAGCCUCUACUUUCAGUAGCAGGAACCGGGAAUAUACUUUAUUAGAUGAUUGGUCUGUCAUUGUGACUAGCCAUUCUUCGCUUUCCCCCAUCUGCCUCGAUUGAUGCAGAAACCAUCAGAACAUAGAGUGCAGAAAUAGCCUCUUGGUGAUUUAAAGAAUCGGAAUGCAGCAGAGUACUCAUACAGUCUGUAGUGCACCUCAGUUAUGUCUUUAAUCUGCAUGUCAGAACUUGCUUUUAGUUAGAUGUGCAGUUGGCAGUAAUUUGCACAACACACAAACUUACAAGGCACAGUUAGGACAACUCCAAUCACGAUAGUAUCAGCAAACAGUAUCUAACUUUUUUUGUUUUGUUUUGCUUUUAUUCAAUCAAAGGUCAUGUUUCUUCUGAUGUUUAGGUCUUAACCAGGACUACACAGGACUUUCGCUGUGGAAAAUAACUCUACCACAUUGACGUGUGGUUAAAAGCUAAACGAAAUGUAAACAGUCUACAAAAAAUGUACUUUUAAUCUGAAUUAUUGUACUGUUGAUUGUUAUGUCUAUAAAAGAAUGCCUUGCCUUUUUUAUGUCAUUCUGUAUCAAUGCAUACAUUAUAAAUAGUAUAUUUGUAAAUGCGCUGCCAUGAAGUCUUUUGAAAGUUUUCUAGUGCUAAGUCUAACUGAAGCUGGAUGUAAAACCAAUUUUUGCGUGUCAUGAAUGUCACACAAACCAUUUGCAGUUAUUGUGGAAUCGAGGGAAUUGAAUUUUCAGUAUCAUUUGAUUCACCGAAGACUUUUUUUAAAUAUAUGGAAGGAAAAAAAAAAUGUAUACUGACCAGGACAUUUCUUUCUGAAACUGCAUGGAAGUAACUGCUUCAGAUACAAAGAGUUGCUUAAAUUGUACAUGUUUACUGUAUAUAAAACCCCAAAAUGUUAGUAAACUUUUGCUUUCCUUUACCAUUGUCA